GGCGCACGAGCGGCACCCGCGCGCGACACUUUUCUCUCGCCCAGUCAACGGAUUCACACAGCAGAGUAACGGUAACGGUCCGCGAGACGCACGAGCUUCAUCGUAGCUUCAGAGAUAAGCGAACACUUCACGGUAACGACCUGCUCCGGAGGGCGGGGCACACGUUAUACCUGGACGUCUGAAAACUCCGAGUUCAACAAGUUCUCCAGUUUAAAGAGACGUUUAUGAUUUCAUAAGAAUUCGGAGGAAAAUAUCGACGAGAUGCUAAAUCACAGGUGACCCUGAAGCAUCGAGCCAGAACGCCGGACUAUGAGGGUGGCCGCAAUCUCCACUCUACAGAGCUUUAACCUGGGCAGAUAGGACCGAAGAAGACGAUAUGAGGACUUUGACGGCGUUCCUGUUCUGGGCGUGGGCGGCCUUUAGCGCGGACGCCGCGAUGACGCUUUUGAGAGGAAAGGACGCGUGGCGGCGAGAGUGGAACACGGAGACUCUGAAGCGCUCCAAGAGAGGAUGGAUGUGGAAGCAGUUCUUUCUGCAGGAGGAGUACACCGGCAGUGAUUAUCAGUACAUCGGCAAGCUUCACUCCGAUAUGGAUCGAGGAGACGGCACGGUGAUGUAUGUCCUGACGGGCGAAGGUGCCGGGACCAUCUUCGUGAUCGACGCAAACUCGGGUGAUCUGCACGCCACGCGAAGCCUGGACCGAGAGGAGAAGCCGUCCUACAUGCUCCGAGCUCAAGCCGUCAACAAGAAGAACGGCCAGCCCUUAGAACCCGAGACGGAGUUCAUCGUCAAACUCCACGACAUCAACGACAACGAGCCCAAGUUUGAGAAGGAGGUUUACACGGCUAGCGUCCCUGAGAGGUCACACACCGGCACUUCGGUUAUUCAGGUGACGGCCCAUGACGCAGACGACGAGAUGUUCGGAUUGAGCGCAAAACUGGUCUACAGCAUCAGCCAGGGCCACCCGUACUUCUCCGUCGAGUCAAACACAGGCAUAAUCCGGACAGCCUUAGGGCCCUCGGACAUGGACAGAGAGCAGAGGGAGCAUUACCAGGUAGUGAUCGAAGCCAAGGAUAUGGCGGGCCAGAGAGGCGGCUUAAUGGGCUCCACUAUAGUCAACAUCACGCUGACUGACGUGAACGACAAUCCUCCUCAGUUUGUAAAGAGUGUGUAUCAGUUCAGCGUUCCCGAGUUGAGCGAGCUCGGAACAAAGGUGGGUGAGGUUCAAACCUCGGACGCCGACAUCGGGCUGAACGCCGAGAUGGACUACACGGUGGUGGGCGGAGACGGCCUGGACGUUUUCUCUAUAACGGUUAACAAAACCACCCAGAAUGGCAUCCUGAGCAUCAUAAAGCCUCUCGAUUACGAGAAAAAGAAGUCGUACACGCUGCAGUUGCAGGUGCGUAACACACACCCGGACCCGCGCUUCGUCAGCGUGGACGCUAAGGACCUGACGACGGUGCGGAUAAACGUGGAGGACGAGGACGAGCCGCCGAGAUUCGAGCGGCCCAGCUACGUGAUGGAGGUGAAAGAGGAUGCGGCUCUGGGCACCGCCAUCGGGUCGGUCAGCGCCGUGGAUCAGGACGCGCACCGCAACCCGGUCAAGUACACAAUUGAUCGGCACACGGACGUGGACCGGAUAUUUAACGUGCACGCCGGGAACGGGUCUAUAUUCCUGCAGAAGCCUCUCGACCGAGAAGACCUCGCGUGGCACAAUAUUUCCGUGAUCGCCGCCGAGUUCAAUAACCCCCAGCAGACGAGUCGAGUGCCCGUGUACAUCCGUGUUCUGGAUGUGAACGAUAACCCGCCGGCGCUGGCCUCCUUCUACGAGACCUUCGUGUGCGAAAGCGCUAAAUCCAGUCAGAAAAUCCAAACGAUAACGGCGGUGGAUCGGGACGAGCCGUCAGGCGGCCACCGCUUCUUCUUCACGCUGGCGCCAGAGAGCUCGGUGAAGGCCAACUUCUCAGUGCGAGACAACGGAGACAACACCGCCGACAUCUACACACAGCGGACGGGUUUCCGGAGAGCGCAGCAAAGCACGUACCUGGUUGCCGUAGUGAUUUCAGACGGCAGUUUCCCUAUGAUGAGCAGCACAGGUACGCUGACGGUACGCGUGUGCACCUGCGACCGAGACGGAAACAUGGAGGCGUGCAACGCGGAGGCUCUGAGCGGCACGGCCGGACUCAGUACCGGAGCGCUGGUGGCUGUUCUGCUCUGCGUAUUCAUCCUGCUCCUGAUCGUCGUGCUGUUUGCUGCUCUGAAGCGCCAGAAGAAGAAGGAACCCCUGAUCAUCUCGAAAGAGGACGUCCGGGACAACGUGGUGAGCUAUAACGACGAGGGCGGCGGCGAGGAGGACACGCAGGCGUUCGACAUCGGAGCUCUGCGCCACCCGGAGGUCAUGGAGGAAAGCAGCAAACUGAGACGCGACGUCGUGCCGUCCGAUCCGCCGUACCCGCCGGCGACUCUCCUCCGCCGGCCCGUCGCGACGUCCCGAGACAACUCGGACGUGAGGAAUUUCAUCACGCAGCGCGUCCAGGAGCACGACAGCAGCCCUGCGGCGCCGCCCUACGACUCUCUCGCCACCUACGCCUACGAGGGCGAGGGCUCUGUCGCCGAAUCGCUCAGCUCGCUCGGCUCGGGAACGUCCGAAUCGCAGCACGACUACAGCUACCUGAACGAGUGGGGUCCGCGCUUCAGAAAGCUCGCCGAUAUGUACGGGGCCGACGAGAGCGAAUGGGACUCCUAACACGCACGCCUCAGCUUGCUUCGAGUGGAAUUCUUACAAAGCGUUGUAUUUCUUACAAAGUGGAAUUCUUACAAAGUGCCCUUCUCCUUCGUCCCCAACUCGAUCCGGCAGACAGGAACACGUUUCACAAAGCAGACGCUUGAACACACGGAGUCGUAACGUAACCGGUUGACUUCCGGAGCUCUUCGGAACGAAGGUCGUCACGGCGAGGCACGUUUUUCGGGUAAUCCCACGUGAAAACUGACGUUAUUGUUGAAUUCGGAAGGACUGGGAAUACGAAUCGUUUACGGACUCCUCUUCCUGAGAAGCGUUAAAAAACGACCGGUUUACGAAGGACCAAACUUUUUAGCGACGUGUCUGUGGAGCGGGAAAAACAGCCCGCUCACACUCCGCUCCACAUCAGCAAGCGUUAACGAUCCGGCGCCCCGAUUAGCCGAUCAUCUGUAUGUUUUGUUCUGUUCUGAUUUAUUAUUUUAUUAUUUUUUUUUAUGACUUUUCAGUAUUACUUUUGAUGUACAUACAUAGUGUCAGUGCUUUCGAGCAGACACGGUGCUUCAGAAAUUUGGGUCGGGUAAAAAGGUGUUUUUCGCGAUUGGCACCCGUUUUCAUCAUCUACUGGAGAAAAUGCCAGAAGCUUCCAAUUAUCUAGUCGCUCAUAGGCAGGAAAUGUGACUCGCAUUUUUGGCGCACGUCUCCACCACAUCCCAGCUUACGUCUUACGUCCCUUCCCCGAGAAGCCUAUUUACGAAAUCACCUCGUGCUAAACAAAAAACACACACACACACACACACACACGCGUUCAUUUCCAAGACCGUCCCGCCAGUUAUGUUUUUACAGAAGAAAACCGACAGAAAUAUCAACUCGAACCUCGAAAUCCACGAGUCUUACUCACACGUGCUAACACCGCGCGUGCUAAUAACCACAUCCCUCUCCUCUUCUGUGCUGGUUUUAACCCCACCCCCCCCUCCUCCUCCUCCUCCUCCUCCUCCUCCCCAGAUGAUUCAUCCCGUCUCUGAAUGAUAAUCGCAGCGGUCCGAUGUUGAGUUAUGACUGGGAUGUUAAAAUAAAUCACCGCCCUUAUAUUUUUGCCCUCUGCGCCAGACAUAAAAAUGAGUCUGGAAUUGGAUUCGCCGCCUCCGUUAUCGAGGGGAUGAAAAGAGGUUAUUUUUUAAAGAAUAUACAUAUGAUUGUAGUCGGCUUCCGAGCAGCGGGUAAAUAUUUGUGGCUUAGGCGCACAGAGUUCACCUGCAAUAUUCCCGUGCUUUGUCAGUGAUAUACUGUAAAAUAAAGGUGAUGCUAACUCAUGUUGUAUAUAUAUAUAUAAAAAAAAAAAAAAAAUGUGGUUUUAUGAAACAGUGCGUCGUCGCGGUGUUUUUUUUUUCUUCCGGGAGAGUAGAUGAUGUCCAUGUACUACUUUGCUUCGUGAUAUUUUGUACCAAAUAUUUAUAUUACAUAACACGACUAAAUAUUCUUGAAAUCCGUACUCCCUACGUUGCUGUUUUAAAUGUGUUUUUGGAUCCAGGUGUGGAAACUCCAUGCAGUUCAUAUGAUGUACAGAUUCCUCUUAUUACAAUAAAUGUUCUCUUUUACAGAAGAUAAUGGUUUAUUCUUUCGACAGACGCCUUUAUACAGAACGGCUUCUGACAGGAACCCAGGCACAAACCUGAGCCGUCGAGGGUUGACUCUUCUCUCGAGGACUCCGACGCUGGCUUUCCGGCAGUCCUGGGAUUGUUAAACCUUCAGGUCACGAGCGGUGUGAGCUGCCGUCUGAUGAUUUAGCAGCCGCAACAAAGUGAGGCAAUCAUCCUCCACUCGAGCAAACCGUUAAAGCGGGUUAAAGACGACGCUUUACGUUCAGGACUGAAAUUUUGAAGGCGGACGCCUUACGUUAAGAACAAACUUGUUUUGUUUGCGGACGUUGCACGACGUUAAAUGUAACUAUAAACGGAUAAAAAGCACGUGCCGUUCUUUAAAACAUGCGUUGCCAGAUUGCUGUGGGUAUAAGAGAGAUAAAACACGUCAAGACGUGUCGUUAUUGGAAAAUAAUCAUUGGUUAUUAAUAAACGACACGUCGUACUUUUUAUCCGUUUAUAGUUACAUGUGAAACAAGCUAGUUCUCACUUAAAGUUAUAAGCAGCUAUAAAAGUGCUUUUCGCCUAACUGCUCCGUGAAGACGUGGUGUGCGACGGUUGGAAGAAGGUGGAAGAACUCGAGAGUCCUGACCUCAACCCCACUGAACACCUGGAACUGGAGCCUCGUUGACAUUCCAACGAGGCCUGACCUCAACCCCAGCACCGCCAGGCUCUGGGUUACUGUUCGGAAGGUCGGGGGUUCAAGCCCCAGCACUGCCAAGCUGCUCCUGUUGGGCGCUUCAGCGAGGCCCUUAACCGUCUGUGCUCCAGGGGGCGCUGUAUCAUGGCUGACCCUGUGCUCUGACCCCAGCUUCCUAACAUGCUGGGAUAUGCGAAGAAAAAAGAAUUUCACUGUGCUGUAAUGUAUACGUGAUCAAUAAAGACUCAUUACCAUUAAC